CAAAAUAAUUGUUUAAAAAAUGUUUAAAUUAAUUAUAUCACCUGAACUUUAUAGAAACAUAUUGUACGCGUCCCGAACUAUAUGAGAAUUAAUAAGAAAAUAAAAGGUAAAAUGGAGAAUAUGUAUGUGCCAGUAGACAAUUCGUCGUCGAUAGAGUACAUCUUACGUCCAAUAUCGUAUAUUUGCUGGCUCAUGGAGGUCGGUGUUGCACAUCCGCGAAAGUGUCGCAAGAUUGUAAUGAUAAUCACACGUAUCGUUCACUUGGCCUUCUGUACAGUUAGCCUGAGAGCAUUUCUAAAACAUGCUGGCAACAUUUAACGAUGAAGUAAAUUAUUGGUUUAUCGUACAGGAAGUGAUACGUCAUGUGUCGGCAUAUUACUAUAUUUAUUACGGAAUUAGGCAGCAUGGCUAGUGGCCGGUGAUGGACAAAAUAAAAGAGAUUGAUCAGAAUUCUCGAAACGCAGUCCUCACUAAACUCAAAGUGCAUAAUGUAUCAAAUUAAACUAACAAAUAAUAAUAAUAAUAACAAUAGUGAUAAUAAUACCAAUGUGAAUAAAUAUUUUAUUGUUAGAACACUUAGAAAAUAUUUUUUUGCGAAAAAUAUACCUUAGCCAAGAAGGGAAUCUGAAGAUAUGUAAUAAUAUCUGUCACAACAAUAAAUUUAUAUCAAGGGAAAGUGUUUCUUCCAGGUUGCGUGUUAUAAAUAAUAAAGUUGUAUUUCAACUUUUAAUUUAAGCCAUGUGUUCCUCAAUAUAAUAUAAUUGCAAAAUUUUGUAUAGAGAAGCGUUAUUAUGACGGAAAAUGUCCUGUAUGAGAUAUCAAAAUAAACAGUUUGUGUAAUAAAAAUAACAUAAAAUUAUUAAAAUUGUUAUUAAGCAUUUAUUAAUGUAUUAAUUAAACGUAUUUAUUACGGAAUUAGGCAGCAUGGCAAGUGGCCUUUAAAAUUUAUUUUUAUAGGGAGAAUUAUGCACUUGGCAGUUUUUUCAUUUUACGAGAUGUGACUUUCAUUUAUUUAAAAAUUUAUAUUGGUAAAAAUAUUUGUAGCAGCAACAAUUGUAGCUGCAUUUUCUAAAUUUUUUGUACUGUACUCAUUUCAAUUUGUCACACGCAAGAGAAUCCAAAUCUAAGGUAGAAACAGCUAGUUUGUAAAAUUAAUUUAAUUACGAAAAAAGAUAUUGAGUUGUAAUCUUACAUUUUGUUAUGCAGAUAUUUAAAAUCUUGUCAUCAUGAGGUAUUCACGACAUUAAUUUUUUCUUCUGUUCAGCAAACUUUUUCCUGAUUCUGACUUCACUUUUCAAAAUCUACAGAAAUAUCCUGGAAAAAACCUUAAGUAUGUAAUGUUAUUUAAUAUCGUUUAGCUUACAUAUAGGUAACAAUUUAUCUGUUUUAAUCUUCUUAAUUGAUUCAAAUCAUUGAUACUACUUCUCAUAUUUACCUACAUUCGCAUGUAAUGAGCUUGUGGUGAUUAAUAUCUGUUUAAUUAAAUUUCUUUAAUUUCUUAAAAUUGCAUUGCAUUUAUCAUGGAAGGCACGCAAUCUAAUAUGCAGGAUUGCAAAAAUAAUAAGUUGUUUUUUUCUGUUACACGAAGUGUUAGGAAGAAUUCACGAUACGCGCUUGUCAGAGUAUUUCGCUUCCAGAAAACUUUACUAUUUUCCUACAACAUAUUCCUACAAAUAUUGCAAAAAGUGUCUUUAAUGUCUUUAAUAUAAUCUGCAGGCAUAACGCCGAUUAGAUAAAUAAUAAGAAGUAAAAAUGGAAAAAAUAGAUGUACCAGUAGAUGACAACUCGCCGUCGAUAGAGCAUAUUUUACGUCCAAUAUCGUUUACUUCCUGGUUGCUGGGCGUCGGUGUUGCACGUCCGCAAAAGUGUUCCAAAGCUGUGACGAUAAUCAUACGUAUCGUUCAUUUGGCCGUGUGUUCAGUUAGCAUGGUGUACCACGUGAUAGAUUAUAUUUCAUAUUACUUUAGCAUUUACGAUCCCGAUGACCACGUAUACACCAUUAUAUACUGUAUAGAUAGGGUGAUGUGCUUUGUAUCGGCGUAUUACUACGUUUAUCACGGAAUUGGACAAUAUGACAAGUGGCCGGAGUUGAUGAAUAAAAUAAAAGAGCUUGAUCAGAAGAUCAGGAGAGAAACACACAUUAAUAACCAACCAGUAAAGAAUGCGGCAGUGGUAGCGCUUCUCACGACUUUCGUUUGCUAUUUGUUAUUUCUAAACCUACACAUCUUCUAUUAUUUUAUGUAUACACAGGACAUUUACGUGACUGAUUUUUUAUUUGAUUACACGUUAAUCCAGUCGUUGAUCAACAGUUUCAUUUUUGAUGUUGUUGUCUAUGUGCUCUACUACAGAUUUCAAACGAUAAAUAAAGUAAUUAAUCAGUUGGACGUGAUGGCUAAUCCGCCAUGGAUCGCGCUCAAAAUUAGACGCAUUAGAGAAUGGCAUACUAGUAUUUGUGAUCUUGUCAUGCUGGCAAACGAUAUUCACGGUGUUCAUCUUCUUUUCUGCUCAGUAAACAGCUUUACCAUGGUCGUGGCUGCAUUGUUCAGAAUUUACUCAGCUGUCUUGACGAGAGAGGAUAAGUAUUAUGAAAUAUUGAUAGAUAAUAUCAUUUGGAUUUUGGGUACCAUACAAUUUGGUCUGAUGUGCUGGAUUUGUACACUUGCGCGUCAAGAAUCCGACAAGACUGGGAUAAUUAUGUGCGCAAUUCUACUGAAAUACAAAUCUAUGAAUCAGGAUAAACUACACGAGACAGGGAAUCUACUAAAUGUAGAAAUGCGAUCGCCAUCGGAAAAUCAGGAUAGCGAGCAAAAUUUUAAUUGCAGUGGCGGUCACAAUUUAAAUUACAUAGAAAAUUUUUUGCGUAAAAACCUAGAAAAAGAUUGUGUGAGAAACGAGAUCAAUGACUUUUUGAUUCAACUACAACACCAUCGAGUAGCAUUUAUGGCGUGCAAUUUCUUCGAAAUGAGCAAUAUUUUGUUUAGUGGUGUGAGUACAUAAUUUGCUUAUUUUAUUACAAUUUAUAUAAAAUUAUCUAAUUUUAAGUACAAUGUAAUAAUAGUUUUUGAAGCAAUUAAAUGAAGUAAACUUAUUUUUCAGUUUAUCGGGAUGAUCAUUACUUAUUUAAUAAUCUCCAUUCAAUUUUCUAAAUGAUCCAAAUAUCUUUUUAUUUAGAACUAUUUGUCUUUGCAUCUAUAGUUUGUUGCAUAUCGCGGAUAUAUUACACAGAUAUUAAAAAAUAGAGUUUUUGAUACUUCUGCUGUUAAUAGAUUUGAAAGAAAAAACGCUUUAAUAUUAUAUUUAAUAUUAACAACCUUGCACUAAUUGCAGUAAUUAAAAAUGUAGUUAAAUGUAAAAGUAAAUAAAUUAAUAAAAUUUCUACAGAAACGUAGUACAAGAUUUAUUGAAAGUAUUUUGUGUUCUAUUAGCACCUACAUUCCUUGCAUAUUAAAUUUGCAUUAACAAACAGUUUUUUAAUACAUAAUGACUCUUUUAAUUAAGAAAAAUAAUUAAAAAAAAAUAAGUCUAAUAUAGUUUAUAAAUUGUUAUUAAGUUUAGUAUUAACACUUUCAUACACUUAAAAAUACUUACAAAAGUUUAAAUAUUAAGUUUAAAUAUUAAAACUCAAAUUUUAAUUAAAUUAAAGAAAAGAAAUAAUACCAAUAGCAUGAAAGUGGCAAAAGUAAAUUCGACUGGCAGGUGCAUUGUGGAUAAAUAACAAGUCGGACUUUCUCAUACGAAAAUUGAUUAAAGCGCUGUGAUUUCUAAUAGUACAAUAUUAGAAAAGUAAUUUUUUAAUACUAUAACAUCCAUUAAAAAAUAAAUUUAAUUUUACUUUUCAAUAUUCUUAAUUGAUUCAUAUCAUUGAUCAUUGUCUUUCCUUAUUUACAUUUGCACUUAUUUACAUUUCUUUACAUUUGCACUGUGUUAAGCUUAAUAUUUUCUUAGAUCUAUUUUAGGUGCGUGUGCGUGAGUGUCAAAAAAACAUACUUCUUUUUCUCGCGAUUGCCUUAUCUCAUUUUUUUUCUGCUUUUUAAAUUGCCAUUCCCCUCCACAUGGCCCAGCACAGAAUGUAUAUACACUUCUUGCUAUUAAUAAGAGUAACGGAGAAGUUCGAACUUCAGUUUGUGGGUCAGACCUAACCUAUUGAAUUUAUUACAGUUGCUUUACAUUCAUAGCAGCUAUAGUUGCAACGAAUUUAAUAUUGCAGAAUUGUAGAAGUAAUACGUUCUUUACUGUAUUGUGAAGCAUCAGGGAGUACUUGCGGGGUUGUCAAAGCGUUUAACUUUUCAAAAAGUUUUACUAUUUUUCUUACAAUAUAUUUAGCAUCGUGAAGAGCUUUAAUGUAAUUACCAACCAUCGUUUGCAAAUUACGUUUGCAAUUAACAAGAAAAUAAGUGGUAAAAAAUGGAGCCAGACUACGUGCCAGACAACUCGCUGUCGAUAGAGUACACCUUACGUCCAAUAUCGUAUACUUGCUGGCUCAUGGGUAUCGGCGUUGCACGUCCGCAAAAAUGUGCCAAAGCUGUAACGAUAAUUAUACGUAUUUUUCAUCUAGUCGUGUGUUCAGUUAUUAUAGUGUACAACGUGAUUGACCUCCGCAAAUACUUUAACAACGCCCACGUUUACUAUCACGUAUUUAUACUUAUAGAACUUACAAACUUUGUGAUACGCUACGUGUCGGCCUAUUACACUCUUUAUCACGGAAUUAGACAAUAUGACAUGUGGCCAAAGCUGAUGGACAAAAUAAAAGAUCUCGAUCGAAAAAUCAGGAGAGAAACACGUAUUAAUGACGAGCCAAUACAGAAGGCAGAAGUAGCAGCGAUUCUUGUGACUUUCGUUUGCUGUUCUUUAUUGUUAAUCAUAAACAUUAUAUAUUCUCUUAUUACAUAUUCGAAAAUUCUUUACGUGAUCGAUUUGACGUGUUAUUACAUCAUAGCCCGGUCAUUGAUUAGCAGUUUCGUUUUCGAUGUUGUUGUUUAUGUGCUAUAUUAUAGAUUUCGAACGAUAAAUAAAUUAAUUUGUCAAUUGGAUAUGUCAUUUAGUGCGCAAUGGAUCGCAUUCAAGAUUCGACGUAUCAGAGAAUUGCACACGGGUUAGAGGUUGCAAAUAUUAUUUUUUAUUUCUUAAUUUAAUAUUGUAAUUCUAUGUGGUGUGAGAUGUAAUUUAAUAUUUUCUAUGGACUUAUAAUAAUACUAAGACAUAGUAUAAUCGUAAAUUUUGUAUUGCAGAUGUUUGUGAACUCGUCAGCAUGGUAAACGAUAUUUACGGCCUUCAUCUCCUUAUCUGCGUGACGAGAUGCUUCAUCACGAUCAUAGCUAUUUUGUUCAAAAUCUACAUAACUGUGAAGGAAUAUCAUGCUAGCUGCUAUUUUAUAUUGCUAAAUACUGUAUAUUUGAUUUUAUAUACCACGCAAUUUGGUCUGAUGUGUUGGAUUUGCACACUUGCGCGUCAAGAAUCUGAAAAGAUUGGGAUAAUUAUAUGCGAAAUUGCAUUGAAAUGCAAACCUGUGAGUUACGACAUACAACACGAGACAAGGGUUCAAUUGGAUUUGGGGACGCAAUUGCAAAGGCUGAUCAAUAAUCAAAAUCUCUUGUUCAGAAAUCUAGAUCAAGAUUGUAUUAGAAGAGAAGUCAAAGACUUUUCGAUUCAACUGCAACAUCGUCGAGUAGCAUUUACAGCCUACAAUUUUUUCGAAAUAAGCAAUGCUCUGUUCUGUGGUGUAAGUACAACAUUUAUUUAUUUUUUUGCAAUUUUUAUAAAGUCAGCGUUUCUUGAAUUGUAAUAUAUUAUAAAUAAUGGUUCUUAAAACAAUUAAAUGAAAUAAACUUGUUUUUCAGUGCAUCGGGGUGGUCAUUACUUAUUUGGUAAUUUCCAUUCAAUUCGCUCAAUCUUCUUAGUGUGAAGAAUAUUAUGUAUGCUAUUCAAAAUACGUUGUAAAGACAAUAAUGGGCGAAGCGUGGGAGGAGGAAUAGGAAAAGAGAAUAGGAAGGGAAACAAGUAGGCAGAGGAUACGAUAGUAAGGAGAAUCGACAUCAGGUUGUUGGGCCCGAGACGUUAAGGCUAAAAGAAGCAAGCCGUCAUAUUCAUUACUUGGUGUCAUUAAUUGGCGAUCAGGACCGAUGUAUGAGAGCUUGAUAGAAAUUGUAAUUUGGAUGAUUUUUCGCAAAGUUGCAUCAUUUUGAAGAUUGCGUAAAAAUUCGAUCAAAAUUUUUGUCUUGUCUUUUUUGCGUUGUGUGUGUGUGUGUGUGUGUGUGUGUGUGUGUGUGUGUGUGUGUGUAUUAGGGUGGCUCUUAUUUGGAUUAUUUUCAAAUUUUGAUGAGUACGCCGCCUAGAUUGGUUUCAAAUAUAUAAAUAAUAUAUAUAAGGCAAGGUAGUCUCUAGUGUAAAGUGGAAAAUGUAAAAAUCGUCAUUAAUUUAUGUAAAAAAUAUUAUUAAGCAUAUAUGAUACAUAACAAUAUAACAAUAU